CAAGAGUGCUAGAGUAUGGGCAACAAGCAGAGCUGCUGUGUUUAUCCAGGAGGCCGUGGGUCAGGACGAUCAUCCAACUCUCACAAGACCAACGGCAGCGGCAUUGUUGACGGGCGCAAUGGGGGCGGUGGGGACACAAGAGUGAAUGCAGGGGACACCUCCUCGAGUGUAGGGGAGGAUGGCACCACCACCAACAUCCAGCACAUCAGUGAGAGGGAACACGAUGACCUGGACCAAGACCCGUCCCUGCACCCCACGGCCGGUCCGCUCUUCCUCAGCAAAGCCCGACGCGCGCAACACAAUAACAUUGUGAGAAGAAGAAGUAGAAAUGAAUUGGACAACUGUCGAACUCUAAAGAAGUCAUCUUCGUGCUCUACAAUUUAUUUGGACGACUCGACAGUGUCUCAGCCUAAUCUUAAGAACACUAUUAAGUGCGUGGCGCUCGCUAUUUACUAUCACAUCCGCAACACAACCGGCACCAGAACGCUCGACAUCUUCGAUGAGAAGCUUCAUCCUCUCACGAAGGACGGCGUGCACCCUGACUACGACAAACACAUCCCCGAGCACCGCCACAUCUACAAGUUUGUGCGGACGCUGUUCAAUGCGGCGCAGCUUACAGCCGAGUGUGCCAUCAUCACCCUCGUCUACCUUGAAAGAUUACUGACGUACGCCGAGCUCGACAUGACCCCCGGCGGCUGGAAGCGCAUCGUCUUGGGCGCCAUCAUCUUGGCCAGUAAAGUGUGGGACGAUCAAGCCGUCUGGAACGUCGACUACUGCCAGAUACUCAGAGAUAUUUCCGUCGAUGACAUGAACGAACUGGAGCGCCAGUACCUGGUGAUGAUCCAGUUCAACAUCAACGUGCCAGCAUCGGUGUACGCCAAAUAUUACUUCAGUCUACGAACGCUUGCCGAAGAGAAUGACCUCAGCUUCCCUGCGGAGCCCCUGAGCAAGGAACGUGCUCAUAAACUUGAAGCGCUCAGUCGUGACUUCGAAGACCGAUACGCUGCACAGAUUCACGACAGUGCUUCUUUAGGCAAGCGAUGGAACAGCCUUGAUAACGUCAAUGCUAACAAUAGGCGAUCUGUCGCCAUACUUUCCUGAGCUCUGAAAAUAACUAAUAAUACUUCAUUUUUUAAUCUUCGAGCCGAUUCAUUUAAAAUGUUUGACUGAGACUCGCUGGAAUGACCGAUGAAAGAAAGAUUGACACCUGUCGUAUGUUCCUUCUUACACCAACGUUUCUUCGCAGUAUACUGUGAGGAAGAAGUUCGGAAGAUCUCGCAUAUCAGAUUUUGCUGUGAAAAAGGAUUUCAAUCCCUGCGCAAGAAAAUGCACGUUGCAUGUGAUCUAAAUGUAACAUUUAUAAGCAUUAUUACGUUUUUCGUUUUCUCUAGUUUGAAGGACGAGUAUGCAGGUAGCAGGCUCCUCCCGAGACCAGACAGCCGUUGAUGCUUGGUAAAUAUUUUCGUGCUUGACUAGAUAAAUCAGUAAUUUACACUGUAGAGCAAAGAUGUCUUCCAUCGACCAUUCCCGCGAGUUGAGUGUGUGUUAAUCAUGUGAGCUUGGAUUAUUAUAUUGAAGCAAUGACUUAGCAACUGAAACCUGGGAUAUGAACUCGUAUCUGGAGCUUAGAUAAUACGCUUCGGUAAUAUGAUGCUUGAUCCUAAAUCCCUGUUCGAGGGAGGAGUUGUAAUUAUUGAAAGUUCCGAGGCGGGGAAAUGCUGAGUAAAUUCAUUCGUAUACAACGCUCUUCUUGCACCGAAGUGCUGGUAUCUUCGUUUGUUUGACACUAUUUUCCUGAUUUAUUUUGUGAUAGAUAAAUGUUAGUACCAAUAUGACCACGAGAUGCGGUACGCAGUACCCGCCAUGUAUAAAUGUCCUAUCGGGUUUACCGUCUAUUUAGUUCCUUAUAAUUACUUGUUUCUUAAAAUGUCAUUGAUGAUAUAAUUAAUCAGGUUUCUUUCUGGUGCUGUUGCUUGCUAGUUCUGAUUCAUUAACUAGACUCUCGUCCGCGUUAGUUGGUCUUGUGUAACACUUUAGCUUAGAGUUGCUUGGUCUACUAGAAUUCUUGUGAUGUCCACAGUCUUCUAUUGUAUAUUGCUAAACACACUAUGCCUUUUGUUGGUGUUAAGCAGUAGUUUUCUUCCUUAUUGUGUCCAGCUAGAAACUGACCGAUUAAUGAACUUUUUGAGGGACAAAUAUUUUUCGACGGAUGUCUGAGACACAACCUGUUUGGUCAAAAAUAUAAGCAAGUUUGUUGCCAUGCGUUUUUCCUGUUGCAUGUAAUGUUCGUCAAUAGAGGAUCAGACGUACUAUGAAAAAAUUUUAGUGAAUGAGAUAAAUCAAAAAACGUUAAAGAACUCGGUAAGACUUAGCGUGAUGCGUCACUUUUCACGGAUCUAUUUGUAGCCGGGAAUACUAAAUAUCUUGUUAGUUUGAUACCGUUUCUCCUGCGUUAAAUGAUUUCAUAUGGACGUUUUUUGCAGCCUACUUGUGAACUGGGAUGUUUUAGCGGAUUGUUGUUAAUCAAUUCAAUCCAACAGAAUUUAUGUUGCGUCAUUCAAACCAGAAUGUCGCAAAAAAAUCAUUCAAACCAGAAUUUUUCAACUUAAUCAAGUAUACAUUAGUUACCGGAGUUUGAUCACCUGAAUUUUGAAAACUAAUUUCGUUCAUACUGGCUUGUAUAUUCUUAGUCAACAAAAUAUCAUAGUCUCGAAUUUUUGAAGAAUUCUCACAUUAAUGAUCAUUGUACAAAUUUUAUAUUACAAUAAUUACCUAAAUAGGAAUAUUCUUUAUGGAAGAUUUAUUUCAAUUGUGAAACAAUUAUUAUUUACUUGUCUCUGUAGCCAAGAUUUUGCCAGUACUUGUUAUAUUCUCCACUGAAUAAAUUGAACUGGUAUUGUUAAUACUAGAAGAAUACUUAACACAGUGAAAUAUCACGUAAUUUAGAGAAAGGUUUCGAAAGUAUGAUGCUCAUUAGAGUGUAAGUUGCGUGUUCAUGAAUCUUGUCAAACUUUGAAACUUUGUUAAUUUGAAAUUGAAACCGUGUUAUUCAUAUGGAAUGAAAACGAUGCUAUUCAUCUGACAGUCAAACUGUGAUUCAUGUAUAACUGCGCAGCGUUUCAUUUGAAUAUGAGCUUAUAUGAAAAUGAAAAAUUUAAUGUGUUGCGUAUGGGUUUAAAAUCCAUUACCAAUGACGAUGAAAUGUCCGUAUUUUUGUGUAAUAAUUUUCGUCAGCGUCAAGAUGUUAAAAAAUUCAACCGAAUCUCGAGUCAAUAUUAAUAUUGUGCAUCAGAAAAAUAUAUUUUCUAAUGAAGUAUAAUAUUUGCGCGUAAGAAAUGUCACAGUGGAUUUAUUUUCCACGUGUGAAUCUUUCACAUUACAGAUUUGUAAAAUAUUAAAAUGACUAAACGCACGUCUUUUUGUAGCGCGCGGACGCUUGCACGAUGCAACACGGAGAUGUUACGUUGUCACACGAUGUGUGGAGAUGUGGCUGGUCUCGGUGAUCUGUGAUGCCGUUUUCACGCUGUGUUCCAUUUCCAAUACUUAUUUGUAUUAUUUAAUAUUAGCUAUUUUCUUCAUGUUGUUUAUACCUGAG